AUGGCCGCCGUCUCAGCUCGCUGCUGCCGAACGCCUCACACCGCCAUCCUCUUCCUCUUCGUCCUGUCAGGCGCACAGUUUUCGCCUGUUUGUGGGUUUAAAGUGGCGGAGGGGGGCGUGGCCUCUCUGUCCUGCCAGUACUCUGUGAAGCGGUUCGGUCUGAGUCGGGUCUGCUGGGGCCGUGGCUGUGGCACCUUCUGGUGCAACAACAUCCUGGUGCAGACGGACGAGCACGGCAUCAUCUCGAAGGUGGCGGAUCGUUACCGGCUGACGGGGGACGUCCUGGACGGACAGAUGGACCUGGACAUCCUGAACGUGAGGCGGACGGAUACCGGGCCGUACUGCUGCAGGGUGGACGUCGACGGGAUCUUCAACGACAAGAUGAUCAUGAACCUGAGAGUCAUCAAAGCCGCGGUCACCAGUUCCCCUCCCACUCCAACGACGACAUCGGCGACGAUGACCACGGUUCCAGCGACGACCGCUGGAGUCACGGCGCCGUCGGCCUCCACAGUGAAUUGGAAAACGCUGUUGUCGUCCCAGCUGGACCUUCUGAGGAGGAACUCCACCCUGCUGCGCUCCGACGCGGUCACAGUGGAGGACUCUCUGCCGUCUCUCUCCCUUCAGAUCAAUGUUCCCGUCCUCUCUCUCUCCCUCACUGUGCUGUUGGUCUUGGGGACGGUUUUUCUCUUUCUGGCUUUCAAACGUGGAAUAUACAGAAGAACCUUAAAAAACGGCUGUUUCUCCUCUGAAGAGCCUCCUCACAUCAUCUAUGAGAUCCGGAUGAAGAGGCCCGUCCAGGAGAACAUCUACACUCUGGACUAGAGAGCCUCAGGCAAACAGCGACGAAACACAGGAAGCGCUUCAUUUCAAUCGAGUUGAAUAAAUCAAACGCUCUGAUCCGACAUGUUGUUCGGCCGAUGACGUUUUAUUCGGUGUGCGAAAUACUCCGUUCAAAUUAUCACCGCCAGCUGCACGUUAACAUCUUUCUUUUUUUAACUCGAUAUGCAUUUUAUAAAUUUAUAAAAUUUACCAUUUAACAGAUGCUCAACAAAUUUGGAGAUGAAUCGUUAUAAUUUCGAGACUCUUGCUGUAUUCCGCACACUGAUUUAAUUCUGUGCUGUGACGCUUUCUGUCAGCUGACUGUGAGCAGGACGCUGCUGUUGUAAAAUGUAUUUUAUGAGUGUUUCCUGUGAUUAUUAACCCGCCUGAACCUCCUCAAAACAAGCUGAA